UCGGGAUCUCCAGUCCAUCAGGUUCUCCGAGGAGAAAGCAGGCAACAGAAGGCUGGUCAGCUUCUCUUGGUGUGAGGGGCUUUCCAGCCAUGGCACGCUGCCCCAUCACAGCAUACUGCAUCACCACAGCCCUGCUGUUCUCCCUGCUCUUGUUUCUGGUCCAAGGCUUGCUGCAGAAAGAAGACCUUAUUAUCACUGAACCAUGUAGAAUCAUGGGGAUCACCCUCAUUGGCAAAGGGAAAGGGCAACAAUUAAAUUACACCGAAGCCAAAGAUGCCUGCAGCUUGUUGGGUCUCCAGCUGGCCAGUAAAGCUCAAGUGACCACUGCCUGGGACUUCAAGUUUGAAACAUGCAGUUUCGGGUGGGUCUCUGAUGGAUACGUGGUCAUCUCCCGCAUUCUCCCCAAUCCCAAGUGUGGUAAAAAUAAAACAGGUGUCUUGGAAUGGAAAGUGGCCCUGAACCAGAAACAGUAUGCACACUGUUACAACUCCUCAGAUAUAUGGAUUAAUUCAUGCAAACCCGAUGCGGUCACCACCAAAGAAACAACCAUUGCAUGGACUGGCGGUACAACUGAAUUUAAUGUCAGUGACCCAGCUGAUACAGCGCCUCCAACCCUGGCACCUAAUCCGGUACAGCCAAGAUGGAAGAAAAAAUUAAUUUGUGUGACAGAGCUAUUUCUUGAAACAAGCACUAUGGAAACAAGCACUGCGCCAGAAGAACUCAUACCAACUUUUGAAAGUCAGCUUGCGUUUAAGAAUGAGGGUGUUACUUUUGGAGGCUUACAUAUCACACUCUUGGUUCUCGCUCUGAUAUUCUUCAUUGCUGCAGUUGUACUGGCUGUCUGUUAUGUCAAGAGGUACAUGACUUCUUUCCCAUUGACAAACAAGAAUCGGAAGGAAACCGUUGAAGCCAAAGGGAGAAAAACAACAAAGACAGAGGACAAAGUUUCAAAGGAGGAACCAAAGAAAAAUGGGAAAAAGGCAGAAGAGCCCAAGAUGACACCCAAGAUGACACCCAAAAUGACAGUCAAGUACAUGGAAGCUGAGGUUUAGGUGGGUCAGGUGGACAGGAGAGGACACAAAUGGGAUCUCUUUACACCAGGAUCUGGACAUCAUGGACAUCUCAUAACCUGAAAAAACUCCUGGUAUUUCCCCACUAAAAGAAGUGGAUCAAGUGGAAAGCCCACUUUCAAUACCUAACUAAAGGACUUUGGGUUCCCUGAGGAUUAGGGAGCUCAUUCAGAUGCUUCCCUCUUCCUUCCUGCCAUCUGUCCACUCCUGGGCUUUGAGUUUUUUCACCCGAUGUCUCCAAAGUGACCCCAGCCUAAACCCAAAGCUUCUAUUCCCUAAUAAAAUCCAGGUGAGAGAAAGUGGAUCUGUCUGGUCCCGAUAUUUCAGGAAUAUUCUCUGUACAUUUUUGUCAGGAAGCUUUUUGAUGCUCUGGAAAGAAACCAGCCAUGACAUGAGAGUUUAUUAGAUUCCCAUAUCAGAGAGCAAGGCUUCCCACAGCCCUCUAUUGACCCUGUGAGCUUGGACAUAAUAACAGGGAAAUGAAUAAGAGCAGGGGCAACUUGUCAGGGGGUAGGGAGGCCAAUGGAGCUCCAUGUGACAUGGGACUAAAAGAAAGAAUGGAACCCAGAUACUCACAGCACAGCAUUUCAUAGAAUCUUUGGGCUGAAAGGAAUAUUAGGGACGCUUUAGGCCAGUUUUGUGUCUUGGAACUCCUUUGGCAAUCUAAUGCAACCUCCUUUUAGAAUUAUGCUUUUAAAUACAUUAAAUGAAGUAGGAUUCCAAAGAAGAGCAAUGAUAUUAAGAUAUAGAUAUAAUUUUUCACAUCCAGAUAUACAAAAUCCUCUGAAAUUUAAGAACCCUUGAUCUAGUCCAAUUCCCUUAUUUACAAAUGGGAAACUGUAACGCAGAGAGCAGAGAUGACUUGUCCAUGAUUUUAUAAGUACUUGUGGUAGAAUGAGGAUUCGAAUCCAGAUCCUGUUCCCCUCUAGCUGGUGUUUAUGACAUUGUACCCCCCUGGCAAACCCAGCUAGAAUAAAUCUCAUUUCUAAAGCAUGUUAAGGUUAUCAAAAAAAUAGGUUUGAACUGCUUUUCUGAAGCUGGGCUGGUUCAUCAUCCUCUUUAGAUGGCGGGAAUUUCCCAGUUCCCCUAGGUGCUCACUAUAUUGACUCCUCCAGUCAUUCUAGCCCAGAGCAUUCCUAAAAUCCUGAACCAAAAUGAUCCUCCAACCUCAGCUUCCCUGCAGCUAGAACUCUGGGCAAACAUACUUCUCAAAAAACAACCCUGUAAGGGGAGGUGAUGCAAGUAUUGGCUCACAAACCCAUCUUACAGAUAUGGAAACUGAGAUGCAAAGAGAUCAGGAAUCUUGCUCAGUGUCACAAGCAAAGUGCCUGAGCCAGGAUUUGCACCCUAGAUCUCCUGAGUCAAAGCACUGAUUAAACAGUAGGUUACAAACUCCCAGAGACUACGGCAAACAUUCUUCUCUAGAAAAUGUCACUUAUGGUCCUUUUUCAGCAUGCACUUUCUCCUUUUGCUAUUAUUUUGUUUUGAGAAUGUAAUGUUGCAUCGAUGUGUUAACAGGAGACAGACUAAACAACCAUGUCCUGGAUCGGGGCUUUCUGGUGUACAGGAAAUCUAUCAUCCAAAAGAAAGUGACUAGAUCCAGAAUUGCAAUGACUGCAAUCUGCAGUUUCCUCUUAGUGACCCCUAAGCUUCCUGAAGCCCUUUUAGUUGUGGGUGUUCCUUCCAUCAGCAGUUCCCAGAUCCUUCUUCCUUGGUACCUUAAUCAAAAGGUUUCAGGAGACAUGAUGGCCUCAAAAUUCACAGCCUGAUCAUCUCUGUAGGAUCAUCUCUGACCUGAAAGAACUUUCAUUCCCCCUUCAGCAGCCCAGAGUCCCCCACAUGUGAGGAAGGAGAAGACGGUCACCCUAGAAUAUUAUGGAAAUAUAACAAAAGAAACUGAGUAACUUUGUUCCUACCCAAUAACCUACUCUGAGGGUUCCUCAUCUGUAAAAUGGGAAUAAUAAUACUUAUUUACCUACCUCUUAGGGCAGUUGAGUAGAGCUCAUUGUAAAUCUUAAAAUCAGGAAUAUUCUGGUAAAUAUUUAACAGCCGGCUUUCAGCAAGGGUGAAGAGAUUGCACACAACACACUUUUAAGCUUAAUCAGCACAGGCAAUCAAUAAAAUAAUAAAUCAAGUCCCGAUUUAUAGUAUUUGCCAGUUUCCUAAAUGUAAAUGCUCACAUUAGAAAUUUAAGAAAUGGCUGUCUAGAACUAGUAUGAUGAGAUGGCUCCAUCCCACUGCUGCUUAAAGCCGCAUGUAAAACGUGAGCUGUCAGACUACCCAUUUAUAAAAUAUGUACAUUCCAACAAAAUCAUUUCUAAGCUUCCUCCAUACCCUAAAAGUCUAUAAACUGAUCUUGUCAGAUUUUACUUUCUAGAUAACCUUGAAUGAAAUCCAGCUGUGCUUCUAAUCCUGUUAAAAUCUUGGAGGUUAAAACAGUCUUCUCUCUUUGCUUCCAUUUCUCACUUGUAAAAUGAGUUUGGAUUUUAGAGUUAUUGGACUUUGAGCUAGGACUAUCUGGGUUCAUGACCUGCCUCAGACAUUUCCUAGCUGAAUUAUUCUUGCAAAUCAUUAGCCUUCUGGGCCUCAGGUGGCUCAUCUGUAAAAUAAAGGAUUUGGAUUUGUUGGCCUUUAAGUUCCCUUCUGAUUAUAUCUAUAAUACUAUGACUCCAUAAAAAUAUCUCUCGGCUCUAAUGUACAAGGAUUCCAAUGUAUGUUUCUUUGUUUUAAUUGUGUUCCUAUAGCUAUUCUACUUACUAAACUAUGUUAUUUUAUGCUGGGACUAAUAUAUUCUUCAGUGAAGUAUUUUCUCAAUUCUAGUCAUAAUCAUAACUUUUAUUUAUUUUAAGUAUAUUUAAGAAAAAGUCUUGUAAGCCAUGGGGCCUGUUAGCAUCAUUGACUAAUGUGCCAUCAUGGAAUUGAGCUUUCUUUCCAGUAAAGAACCUAGCAUUAUCAAGUAUGCAUGUGUAGGGAAAUAAAACCAUUUUUUAAAAAGC